UUCAUGAAUGCACAAUAAUUUAUUGAUAGUAUUUUUAUAAAAUAUCAUUCUUUUCAAAUAAAAUAUUAUGACUACUCUACGGCCAUUCACCUGCAAUGAUUUAUUGAAAUAUAAUGCUGUAAAUCUUGAUCCACUAACGGAGACCUACGGUCUGUCAUUCUACAUGCAAUACCUGGCCCAUUGGCCUGAGUACUUCCUAGUGGCCGAAUCUGCCAGUGGAGAGAUCAUGGGCUACAUAAUGGGAAAAUCGGAGGGGCACGGGGAGAACUGGCAUGGUCAUGUGACUGCCCUCACUGUCUCCCCCUACUACCGACGGUUGGGGUUGGCUGCUACCCUUAUGACUUCGCUGGAGGUUGUCUCCGAAAAGAAAAGAUGUUACUUUGUCGACCUUUUCGUGCGAGUUAGCAACAAGAACGCCAUAGCCAUGUACAAAGCUUUGGGCUAUGUUGUAUACAGAACGGUACUGGAAUAUUACUCGGGAGAUCCUGAUGAAGAUGCGUUUGGUGAUCUGCGUGUGCUGGGCGUAUCCAACAACUGGUGGCAAAGGAGGCAUUGUGUUGAGGAGGCCAAGGUCCACCCAGGACUGUAG